GGAGUACGGCGAUAAAUGGCGUAUGAUCCGCAAACUUGUACACAAUAGCCUCAAUAUCAAGGCUGCCCGAACAUACGUUCCGUAUCAGGAUCUAGAAAACAAGGCGAUGCUCAACGCCUUUCUCGAAACUCCUAGUCAGUUUAUUCACCACUUCCGGAGAUACACCAACUCUCUGUCGACGCAAAUGUUAUUUGGCUUCCGCACCAUUAACAAUGAUGACCCAAGGCUUAAACAGCUCUUCCGUAGUUUUGAGGGGUUUAGCGACGUCAUGGGGUCAGGUGCUGCCGCUUUACUCAACGCCUUCCCUCUGCUAAGACAUCUUCCGGAUGUUUUCUUGCCGAUGAGAAGGCAUGCGCAGGAGUUACACCGGGCAGAAGCUGCAUUAUUCCUAGGGCAUUAUCGGGAAACGAAAGAGAGGGUCAAGAUAGGCGAAGCAAAACCGUGUUUAUGCGUCGACCUUGUUCGAGCCCAAGACAAGGAAGGCUUCUCAGAUCUUACUGCCGCUUAUGUCAGCGGGUCAUUAUUAGAAGCCGGGUCGGAUACGACAUCGGCCACAUUAGUAGGAUGGUCCCAAGCCAUGCUUCUCUUCCCUGAAGUUUGUAAAGCUGCCCAAGCCGAAAUCGAUCGGGUAUGUGGAGACCGGCUCCCGGAUCUAAACGACCUCCCCGAUCUUCCUUACAUUCGUGGUUGUAUGAAAGAGAGUCUGAGGUGGAUGCCAACUGUGAUUCUUGGUGUACCACAUGCUACUGUUCGUGAUGACGAAUACAUGGGUUACAAGAUCCCAAAGGGUGCCGGUGUGAUCUUGAACGUCUGGGGAAUAUCAAACGACCCGAAGCGGCAUCCGAACCCUCGAAAAUUCGAUCCAACCCGUUGGGCUGGUGAUAAUCAGACUUCGGUAGAAGCUGCGAACAACCAGGACGCGUCCAAGCGCGAUCACUUUGUAUUUGGUGCUGGCCGUCGGCUAUGUCAGGGAAUGCAUAUUGCGGACCGAUCUCUCUUCUUAGCCAUGUCGAGACUACUUUGGGCUUUCGAUUUCGAAAGACCAAUUGACGAGAUCACCGGAAAGGAGAUUAUUCCUAACAUAGACGCGCUAGUUCCAGAUGGCGGAACGUUCGUUCAACCCGAACCCUUCGAAGCGGUAAUUAAGCCUAGGAGCGAACAGAAAGCUCAGCGGGUCCGAGAAGAGUGGAGCAAGGCAACGGAACUUCUUGAUGAUGAAAUGCAAUGGAAGGCUGUCCCCGAGAAUUUAAUCUGGAGAGAUUAUGAACCGGCCGAAGUUGCGGCAAAGGCUUGAUUAGUAAAAGCUAUCCAGUCACAAGCCCUUUAUUAGCUGCGGCUGGCUGCGUUAGAUAAGGAUUUCUUGCCGGAUUCACACUUGUAACAUAUUUAUUGGACGAGACCAUGUUUGAGGGGGUCAUUAAUAUAUGCGGGCAUGUAUGUAAGAGACGGGAUGGAUGGAUAUAGAUGGAUAUGGAUGGAUAUGUGGAUGAAUAUGGAGUAGUACGUAAGUAGCAGAAUGAUGUAUCGAGAACAAUACGAAGUACGAGG